UGUAUCAGCCGGCUAUUUGCAAGCAGCCUGGAGCAGCAGCAAAAGGUCAGAGCAAAUGUUUACAUUUGCCAGAUGGGCUUGGAACACUGAGGCCACGGGUCAGGCUGGCAGAGGUGAUCAACUGUCAGUGUAACUGGACUCACCGCAUCGGCAUUGCAAGGGCGCAAGGACUGCUAGGCAGGUUUGGACAUAACUGGUUUAAGUUUCAGGCCUACCAUGCCCUGCAGGAAUUGUCACUUUUGCUGGUGUUUACUGGGGCCGUUUCCAACCACUUGUGCCGCUCUGGGAGGUAGCCGUAUAAACUCAAGCCUUUUUGCACCUGAGCUUCUGGAAGGGCUCCUCUGCCUUGUUCAGGCUGACCAAGGGGGGACAUAAGCUGGCCACUGAGGAUGGCCUAAGCAUUUAUCUGAGGUAGCUAGAGGGAGCUGCGGGUGAGUUAUGGGGGCAAGCCUCUUGCCCCUUGUCCCUGGCUUACCCUUGCUGGAGACAGCGACGAGAGAAACUUGGCCCUGCCGUCAGCUGGAUCCACGCCAAGCCAUUUGUUUAGCUUCCCAGCUGGGGGUGAGACGACAGCAGAAAGUUCCCUAGAGCAGGGCGGAUGGGAUGGUGCGGUACGUGUCUCGCUUUGGGCUGGAAUAAUGGCUGGGGUCCCUUGAACGGGCCACCAAGUCAGGCGUCAAGAUGGUAAGCUCCUUCGGGCUGGAAUAUCUAAUGUUGCAGAGGCAGUAGCGUCUCUGGACAUCGAGCGCCAGCACAUCAGGAAGACAGAUUCCGAGGAACCAGGGAGAGGGGGGCUUGCGUAUUGCAAAGAGGACGGGUCCCAGCCGUGCUCCCUUCUGUGACAGUGACGGUGUUCUGUGGGUUCCACGUUUUCGCAUGGCAGCAGGCGCUUCUGGCUCCAGAGCCUAAUUUGCCCUUUCAGCCACCAGCAACCACCCUCGGUUUCUUGCAGAGCCUUGAGGGCAGUGGGGGGGGAGAUGGUAUUUGCCUGAGUUCUCUGCCUCUGUGGAACAGCAGCCGUGGUGUAAGUGGGAAUGCUCUCCUCCUCCUUCUCCAAGCUGCACAACUCCCCAGGAGUUUCCCCAUCCUCCAAGACCAGCAACUCGCCUGUCCUCUCCAAGAAAAUGACUAUGAACCCCAAUCUUCGUCUCCAGCGGCGGUUCACUGUGGCCCACCCACUUUGCUUUGAUGUCGAGAAUGGCUUCUCUCCAGGACGAAGUCCCCUUGAUUCCCAGGCCAAUCUGGGUCUGGGACUUGUUUUACAAGGCACAACCCCCCACAGUCAACGUCGGGAGUCCUUCCUCUACCGAUCGGAUAGCGACUAUGACCUCUCCCCCAAAGCCAUGUCCCGCAAUUCGUCUGUCAGCAGUGACAUGCAUGGAGAAGACUUGAUCGUUACUCCUUUUGCACAGGUCCUGGCCAGCCUGAGGACAGUUCGCAGCAACUUUGCUGUCUUAACCCAUCUGCGGGAACAUGUCUGCAACAAGAGAGCGUCUGGGUCCAUCAAUCCCCCCUCCGCAUCUAAGGUCAAUCUAUCAGAGGAUGCCUACCAAAAAUUGGCUAUCGAGACCUUGGAAGAGUUAGACUGGUGCCUGGAUCAGCUGGAGACCUUGCAAACACGUCAUUCAGUCAGUGAGAUGGCUUCCAACAAGUUCAAAAGAAUGCUCAAUCGAGAACUGACACACCUCUCGGAAACAAGCCGUUCUGGAAACCAGGUAUCCGAGUACAUCUCCAACACAUUCUUGGACAAGCAGCAUGAGGUGGAAAUCCCAACCUCUGUUCCCAAAGAAAAAGACAAGGAGAAAAAGAAGCGGCCAAUGUCACAGAUCAGUGGUGUAAAAAAACUGAUGCAUGGCUCCAGCUUCAAUUGCGCUGCCAUCCCUCGUUUUGGAGUAAAAACGGAUCAGGAGGGACCAUUGGCUAAGGAACUAGAAGAUGUGAACAAAUGGGGCCUUGAUGUAUUCAAGAUUGCCGAGUAUUCUGGCCACCGCCCGCUAACAGUCAUCAUGUAUAGCAUCUUCCAGGAAAGGGACUUGCUGAAAUCUUUUCACAUUCCUGCGGACACCUUCAUCACAUUCAUGAUGACCCUGGAAGAUCACUAUCAUGCUGAUGUUGCCUACCACAACAACAUUCAUGCAGCUGAUGUUGCCCAAUCCACACAUGUAUUGCUUUCAAUGCCAGCUCUGGAGGCUGUUUUCACGGACCUGGAGAUUUUGGCUGCCAUUUUUGCAGCUGCCAUCCAUGAUGUUGACCAUCCUGGUGUUUCUAACCAGUUCCUGAUCAAUACCAAUUCAGAACUGGCGCUGAUGUAUAACGAUGCAUCUGUGUUGGAGAAUCAUCACUUGGCAGUAGGAUUCAAACUCUUACAAGAGGAAAACUGUGAUAUUUUCCAGAAUCUCUCUAAGAAGCAAAGGCAAAUGCUCCGGAAGAUGGCCAUUGACAUGGUCCUGGCAACAGAUAUGUCAAAACAUAUGAAUCUUCUGGCUGAUCUGAAGACAAUGGUAGAGACCAAGAAAGUCACCAGCUUGGGGGUCCUGCUUUUGGAUAACUACUCAGACCGCAUUCAGGUCUUGCAGAAUAUUGUACACUGUGCAGAUCUCAGCAACCCUACAAAGCCACUAGAGCUCUAUCGCCAAUGGACAGACCGAAUCAUGAUAGAAUUCUUCCACCAAGGAGAUCGAGAGCGGGAGAAGGGCAUGGAGAUUAGCCCAAUGUGUGACAAACACAAUGCCUCCAUAGAAAAAUCUCAGGUGGGAUUCAUUGAUUAUAUUGCCCAUCCACUUUGGGAAACCUGGGCUGAUUUAGUUCAUCCUGAUGCCCAGGAAAUCCUGGAUACUUUAGAAGACAACCGGGAAUGGUAUCAGAGCAUGAUUCCACAUAGUCCUUCACCUCCCCCAGAUGCAUCAGGCUUAGAGAAAAAUGGAGGAGUCCCAGAAAAAUUCAAGUUUCAGCUUACUUUGGAGGAGGAAGAUGGAGAAGAGUCAGAUAUUGAACAAGAGGUUGAGAGCCCUCUGGAAGAGGAUAAUAGUGAAUCCAAAACCCUGGGGACAACUGAUGAUUCAGAAUCUGCAAAUGAGCCAUUGCCUUCUCCAACAGACAAAUUGGGCAGCCCCCAUAGAAAUGCCCUGAUCAAACAAAAGGGAGCAUUGGACUUUGACAACCAAAGAACACUUUCACAGACUGAUAGUGGUUCCAUAGCAGAUCCAGUUGAGUUGGCAAGGAGAGACAGCCUGACUGAUGCACAAUCAUGUCUUGACAUGGAAGGAAAUAUCACCUUUUUGCCUCUUGGGACGUAGUGAGGGGAAGGCCCUAUGAUCAUUACAUUCUGGCAGGGCCAGAAGGGGACCACAAAUAGGCCACCCCAAAUGUCUUGCUGCCAGCAACCUAUGAUUUCACUCCCCAUUGUAAGGGAGUGCUACUAUUAACUUUUUCUUCCCCAAAGAAAUCUGUAGCUUGAACCACAUUAUUUGCCCAGGUGGCGAAGUAUCAGAGAUCGGACUAUGCCUGUCAUGUCUUCCUUCCAGUGUUGCUACUCAGCAUCUGAGUUGUACCUGGCAAAUGGAAAAAUUCUUUCUGCUGGACUUGUCAACAUCAUGAAUUUCUAGUUUGGUUUCAACUUGGAAUUAGUCUGCACCUUGCUUUAAGAAAGCCCAGGGGAAAAAUACAGCUCUCAGUUCAGUGUAAGAACAAAUGUUUUGCAUGCAGAUGGACACAGGUUCAGUCUCUGACAUCUUUAGUCUUGUUUUUACAAGUUAUUGGGUACCUGGGCUGGGGAAAAGUUUUUUUUUCUGACUGUGAUCAUGGAGAGCUUUUUCAAGUUAGAGCAGACAGUACUGGACUAGUUGGACAAAUGGUCAGAAUUUUGUAGUCCUACAUUUUCCGAGCAUGUAAAUUUUAUUUGAGGAAAGGUUCUGUAUGAUCCUGAGUAGAUGCUGAAAAUCAGAAUAACAUAGUGGGCUUGAUGGACCAAUGAUUUGACUCGGCAAAAAAGGAAUCUUAAAAUGACACACUACUGAAGAAAGGGAAAUUGUGCAGAUAAAAGUAUUAUGUUUGCUUUUCUCAAGUGUAACAAAACCAGCAUCCUGGGAAAUUUCACACAAAGUAUCCAACCUAGGAGACAGUCUCUGUAAAUUACAAAUAGCUCUAAUGUGAUAGAAUGCUAUCAAGAGAUAAGAAAUUCAUCCUGUUGGAUGCAUUUGGCUACCAGAUUCCUGAUACUCAACAAGGCCUUCCUUCAAAUUGCAUGUUGCCUCAUUCUGGUAGCUGCAUUGAAAAUAGCCUCCUUUAUGUUACUCUCCUAGAUACCUUUUCUCCGACAUGAAAAUAUUUAUAGGAAGUUAUAACCACAUUUCUCCAAUAUUCAGAAGCUCUAUUUGAAACAGAAAUACAGAUUUGGUUUUAUUUUUCCAGUAAGGAGAAAAAACUCUUGUUUUAAAUUAUGUUUAUUUUGUGACAUGUAUUUCUCCACAGGAGCAGGUGGGAAAGAUUAAAUUCUUCAUUGUUUUUAAAAAGUGAGGAAGUAUUUUUGAUGCAGAAAAGGGCAGUUAAUAUUUUUUUAAAAAUUCAAUUAAUCUUCCCAGCAAUCUCUAAUAUAAAUUGGCUAUAGUAACUGGCAGAACUGCUUUACAAGGUUAAUUGGAAAUUUUGAUAAUUUUCAAAUUACUGGUGGGAAAAAACUGAACAUGAUAUUUUGGCUCUUCUGACAUUUUUAUAACUUUGUCUUUUGCCUGUGAAAUCAAUGCCCCUCUUUGUUAGGCUUCUUUGCCAGAAGGAAUGGGAGAAGCUAUCCCAAGUGAUAUGUGCAUAUUAGACUACACAUAAAAGUUUUGUGUGAUAUAUACACUAUUUAUUUUGGCUUUUUUGAUCAUUAACAUUUUCUUCCUCAAAAGGCCCUUUUUUUUAAAAAAAGGCAUUUUAACUUUGUUUUCUAAAUACAAAAAUAGAAUAGUUUUGUUUUAGCAAGCUGGUUUUCUGAUAUCAGGAAUUUAUGUGGAUCAGACUUCUCCUGUGAAAAUUUUCAGGUUUUACACUUUUCCUUUCUGUUUUCAAUAUUAAAAAAAAUCUAUUAUUUUGCUCCAUCUGGGUUAUCUGGAUCUCCACUCCAUGUAUCUUAUUGUUCACAAAGGAGGCUUGUUACAAACAGAAUUUGCUGCUAAAAAAUGGCAUUUCUCAUGGCAGUAAUUUCAAUCAAGAUCCAUUCAGUCCCUCUUAUUCCACAUCCCUAUGCUUUAAAGGGUCUAUCCUAUCCCAGAUACUAACUAGAUAGUAUUCUAUCCAUUGAUUUUCUUUUUCCCCUAGAAGACUUAAUCUGCUGACGAAGUGAUGCAUCUUAUGCUUUUACUGCUCUGGGAAAUAAUGCAAAAGGGAGACAGAGUUGGUUGAAACUGGGGAAUCAUUAGCCAAUGCAAGUAGCAGAUAAAAGUUGUGAAUGGAAGACUGAGAUUUAAAGGUUGGUUUGUAAAAUUUUGGCAAGGCCAGCUUAUGAUCUGAGGAACUUAAAUGGCUGACAGAAUAUAAGACUAGGGUUGUAUCUCCAUCUAUUUAAAUAUUAGAAAUCCAGGGAGAGUGCAAAUGAGGAUGAUUCUAUGCACCAAAAUGAAAUUGUCUCUCAUCAUUAUCUUUCCAUAUACCUCUUAUGAGAGGGGGUUAUGCAUUACUACUGGGAAGGCUGCCACUUUUAAUUUAUUUUUGGCAAAUAUUUUUCGUUCUUUAAAAAAAAAAAAACUUUUGUAGCUUUAUGCUUAAUAAUAUUUUGAUGUGUAAUAACCUCACAAAUGGUUGGUUCAGGCAAAUUUUAUUGAUAGCAAUUGGUUUAACUGUGAUUUGCACUCAAAAAUGCUGCAUUAUGUGUGUGCAAAUGUAUAUUUAUGUAUAUGUUGGAUGUUUGUUUGUAUACCCAUACGCAUAUAUUUCACAAUGCACUUUAAGUUUGCUGAGCUGCCACUGGGGCCUGGCCCUGCAGAUUGAGUUACUAUUUCUUUGUGAAAUAAGUAUUGUCAUAACCAUAGAGAACGUAUCAGCACUUUUAUCUGAUUGUCUGAUUUUCCUUGCAACAUUAAGUAUUUUCUGGCAACAUCUUUUUCCUUACAAUGUAUUUCAGUGUUAAAA